UCUAUAAUAACCACAUUUAAGGGAAGGUCAGACAAGCCGAGCCUGUUUGAAAAUAUUUAAACAUAUAUAUUUAAUCAUCAUCGUCGGAUAAUAUGCCUUAAAUGACGCGUUUUGUACGCCGCGAAACAACGUAUCAUCAGGCGUUCCGCCCUCAUGGGCAUGUCGGACAUGUUUGAUGGUAGCACCGGCAAAGUGUCGAGGAAGAUUUCUUCAAGAUACAAAUAAUUGCUUUAACGUCAUUUUACUGCUACACUGGUGAAGCCAACGCAUUUCUACCUGGGAGUGAACCUCAGUGUAAGACAUGGCUGGACCUGUCAGUCUGGAGCUAGAUCCCAUUUUCCUGAAGGGUCUGAGUUACCUGCAUUCCAAGAGCAAAGACUCGGCCGAGAAGCUCAAAUCGCUACUUGACGAAUCCCUUUCCAGAGGGAGCGACACGUCCUAUCGCUUGGUACAAAAAGAUCUGGAGGUGUCCAAGGGGUCCGUGUCAAAACUCAGCUUUUGUAAACAGGACUCCAAGUCCUCCUCCAGCUCCUCAUCCUCCAGCAUAGGCAGCAAAUCCAGCUCUGAAAAGAGUAAGAAGGACACCGACAGGAGAUCGUCUGAGAAGGUUAGGCUUGACAUGGGGGACGUGGACCCUCCGAAAAAGCCCCGUUUAGAGAAACAGGAUCGCUCGUCGCCAGUUACCGUGCAGACGAGCAAAGACCUCUUACCCAACAUCAACGACUACGACGAGACCAACGCUGAUGACUUCGCCAUGGAGAUGGGCCUGGCGUGCGUGGUUUGCAGACAAAUGACUGUGUCCAUGGGAAACCAGCUGGUAGAGUGCCAGGAGUGCCAUAACUUGUACCAUCAGGACUGCCACAAGCCCCUAGUGACAGACAAAGAAGUCAAUGACCCCAGGCUGGUGUGGUAUUGCGCUCGCUGCACCAGGCAAAUGAAGCGUAUGGCCCAAAAGCCUCCGCAGAAGCCCUCCCCAGCCUCCGCCUCGUCAGCACCAGUUGUUAUAAAAGACACUCUGGUGAAAAAGACAGAAUUUAAAACAAAGCCGGACACCACGAGCACCUUCCUGGCCUUCAAACGGACAGAAGUGAAGACUUCCACAACAUCAGCCAAUCCCACCAGCAGCAACUCCUCAUCAUCAGGCAGCGGUCUAACAGGCUGGGCCGCGUUUGGCGCUAAGACGACUCCAUCUCUUCCCGUCACCGCCAAACUUGGUUCUUCAGGACCAAGUGGGAGCAACAAGGCAAUGCCAACUCCACCCGGCCAGAAACUAGCAGGUCUUUCCGGUCUAGCCGGAAACAAGUCCGGACUCGGGGCCGCAAAGAUCCCCGGGACCGGCAACGGAAAUGGCUCUACCCAGGUCUCUCUGAAACCACCACCCUUGACCCUGGGCAAGCAGCCGCUUAACCGUUCAUCUAGCAGCGAGAGCCAGGGGAAGGGUUCUGCCUCAUCAUCAGGGGCGGGCUCCCCAGGCAGCUCUCAGGCGAGUCCAGGAGCCAGUGGCACGGGGGGCAAUAAUAAUGGAGGAAGUAAUGGAAACAAUGGGAAUGGGUCCAAGGUUCCACCAGGGGAAAAAGCGCCAACAUCCCAAGAAUCCCAGCUCAACGCCAUGAAACGAUUACAGCUUGUGAAGAAAAAGGCAGCACAGAAAAAGCUUAAGAAAUAAGUAGAGGUAGUAAAGCCCUGUUUCUAACAUGUAGUACAGUUCAGUUUGGUAUGGUACUGAAUGUUAUAUCUUCUAUUGUCAAGUUGUGAACAGUACCUUAAUAGCCAGUCCGUACCUUAACUCUUUUCCCGCUUGACACACUGUCCGUUAAUUGGUCGAAGAAGCAAAGACACGUCUCUUCUGUGCAGCAAUGGGAAUGGAAUGGCAAGGACACAAAAUUGAAAACCAAGAAAUCUCUUCGACAGUCAUCUUCUUUGUCGCAGUGCUCUUAUAUAGCAGUACUGUACACGUCUACAGAAAUCGCCGUUAAAUCUACAGUACAAUCUGCAAUGGAAACACGAGCCAGAUAGGGAUUUACUGUUCCAAACCAUACAGUUGCGAACUGAACUAAACUGUACUGCUUUGUGGAAGCAGUGGCUGAUGGAGGGUAAAAUAAACCCUUAAAGACUGCAGAUGUAGUGCCAGAGCAUUGUGUCUGUGAUCUGAUUAUGUCUAUGGAAGGAGACCAUCCAUUCUCAUACUUGAAUCUUACUUUGUGUAAAAGCUGCUGGUCUUCUGUACCUCAUUCUGUCCCAACUAAUUGAGCCCGAGAUAAAGUGUCAGUUUUAUUAAACCUUCAAAUGGGUAAUAAAUUCCACAUAUCGCUAGCAUCAGGCCAAAACUUCUAUUGUCCAAAUUUGGUGAAUUUCAUAUUUUUUCCACAAAUCAAUACUAUUGGUCAGUCCAUAUGUGGGUGUAUUAUUUUUUCAAAUUAUUGACCAGUUUUAAGUGAUGAAAAUGGCUUGAUCUCUUUGACAAAGUUUUUUUUCCUGAAAAGUGAGGAUUUUGGAGAUAGGUGGAUUCCGCCCGACGCCAGCGAUAUGAACUGUCUAACAGCAUCAGGGAGUCUUGUGAAAUAAUAUGCAAUGGUUGAUCUAAUUGGAAGGGGGAAAAAAGAAUAAAAAUAUUAGCAGUCAUUUUCAUAGAGGAUGUUUAAUAAUGAUGUUAUGAAAAAUAAUGACGCAUAGAGUAUUUUCUUCACAUUAAACUUCUUUGAUAGAUAAUUUCACGUGCAAGCAAUACACAUUCCAAAAUCCGUUCAUAUAAAAUUUGACUUCACAAAUAUGACUUCUAAAGGCAACACUGUCGUACAAACAGUAAAAGUGCUCAAUACAGCAGCUUGCAUGAUAACAAUUAAUCGCAUGUUCUUCAUUUGGUCAUGCUGUCAAUAUGACAAGAUCCACAGUUUUGUUUUCACAAAGCACAAAUUUGACAUUCAGUUUAAACAGUCAGUGUAACAAGUAUAGUUUAAAACACCGCAGGUUGGUUUGAUGUCGGGAUUUAAAAAAAUAAAAUAAAAUUAUGCAUAGGACAUCCUGCCAAGGUAGUUGGCUGGGACAUAUCCCCUCUGGCCAUCAGCCUCCGCUAGCCACCAUUCCUUAUUACCGCCCAAGUCAUUGAACUGCAAGAUGCGUACAUGCUGGUACUCCUGCAAGGUCAGCUCCUGGUCACAACGGGCUUGAAAUGCAUAUACGGCAUAGUACUGUGGAAAAAGACAAGCAGCAUACUGUGACACCAGUGUUUUCUCAAAUGUAACUAUACAGGCAUAGCAUUGUCCCAAUAACCUUUGUUAUUUCUGCCCACUUUAACCAAAAUCUUGUACAGCCAAGGGGAUAGUCUUCAUGCAGGCCAAGAAUUAGUCUCUUCUGACAGGGAAUACUCAUUAGUUUAGUGGUUCGCAUAGCAGACAUUGUUUUAUUCUCAUUGAGCGUCCCAUUCAAUCCGUUGUCCUGUGAUUGAUUGGAAACCAGUUAAGAGUGUGCUUGUCCUCAAUCAGCUGGGAUAGGCUCCAG